AUGUCUGCGUCUCUUUCUGUCUCUUUAUCUCAUCACCUCUCCACCACCACUCCAACCAACCACUCGCUCAUUCCCUCCCAAAAACUUCAUGCACCCGAAUCGUCUGCCUCUUGCAAUGGAUGCACCUGUGAACGGGGUAACAGAGCUCUUUCUAUGCUGUCGCUGUGCUCCUCCUAUCCCCCGGGCAACCUCUCCUCCAUCACCGCGGGAAAGGACCAGAUAAGCUACAGCGCUACACCUGUGCGCGCCGUGAAUGCCAAAUCCCGAAACACAAGCAGCAGCCAAUUCCAGGCCAAAUAA